AUGCACCAAACUGAAACUCCCUUGGACUUCGCUACCUUGCCUUCAAAGAGCAAACUUGUCGGCCAUUUCGUCGGCAAAGGGCUCGAUGAACUUAGAACCCCCGCAAUGAUCAUAAAUCGUAAGGUAUUCGCAGAGAAUUGCGCUGCUAUGCACUCAAAGGCGAGGGAAUGGGGAACCGCGUUUAGAGGGCAUCUGAAAACACACAAGACGGUGGAAGGAACGCGUCUGCAAAUGAUUUCUACCGCAGAUAGGACAAAUGCCGUUGUAGUUUCGACGCUCAUGGAAGCUUGGGAGGUUGCUCGAAGUGGUUUAUUCAAGGACGGAACUGUGAAGGACCUUCUGUACGGAUUGCCUAUUGCACCGAACAAAGUCAACGACUUGUCAUAUUUAUGGGACGAAGUGGCUCAAGAUGGUGGGAUUGUGAGACUGUUAAUUGAUCAUCCGGACCAGAUCAAAUUCUUGGAAGAAUGCGAAAGUAAACGACAGACGCCACGGAAAUGGUCAGUGUUCGUGAAGAUAGAUGGCGGUCAAAAGCGUGCGGGCGUGUCACCUGGCACAUCAACUUUUGAGAAUCUGGUGAAGGCUUUGCUGUCUUCCCCAGCCAUAUCGAUCUAUGGAUGCUAUGCACACGCAGGAAAUGCGUACGCUUCAACUUCAUUAGAUCAAGCAUCGUCAUUUCUGUCUGCAGAAGUUGAAUCCGUGAACGCGGGUGCCGAGUUGACACUGAAGAUUGCCAGUGCAAUGGGAGUAGAGUUAGAUAACCACUCUUUAGUGUUGUCCGUAGGAUCCACCCCUACCGCGCACGCUGCCAGUGCAGAAACCAAGGCAAAGCUGUCGUCUUUACUCCACGGACCCUUGGAGCUUCAUGCUGGCAAUUAUCCCAUGUUGGACCUUCAGCAAGAGCACACGAAUCUAAUCGACCGUUCCAAGGUGGCUCAACGGGUCAGAGUCACUGUUGUGUCAUGCUAUCCAGGCCGGGGAGUGAACGGAACAGACGAAGUGCUUGUAGAUGGAGGUGCCAUUGCAUUCAGCAAAGAUACCGGGCCAUCUGGGAGUUUUGGGGAGGUGAUAGGUACGAAAUGGAAAUUAGGACGAAUAUCACAGGAGCACGGUACUUUAACCAGGGAAGGACCGGCUGAGAAUGAGGAACUGAAGGUCGGCGAUGAGGUAGAAAUUAUUGGCCAGCAUGCGUGCCUUAUUGCUGCCGCAUACCCAUGGUAUUAUAUUGUUGAUUCUGACGUGAAUGAGGGUAAGGAAGUUGUGGACAUAUGGAUUCCGUGGAAAGGAUGGUAG